CGCAUACAUAUGCUCCUUUCCCCAUAUGUCAGUCUGUAGACAUGCCUGCCGGCAUGCUCUGCAGCCAUCCCAUCCAACCACCAAGACUUCUUUCACCGACCACGUCUGGAUCAGCCAGGACUUCCUCGCUUCUGUCUUUCGAUCCUUCGCGUACGCUCAGUGCCGUCACGGAAGCCAGGUGCCCGGCCCAUUGGAAGCCAGGAGGCGACUUGCGAAGCGCAGGAACACAGCGCUAGCCAGAAUAGGCGAUUUUGGACCGUUGGAUGAUGUGGUAUGUCUGUUUGGAAGGGAUGGGGGGGAGCAUCGGCCUCAGAAACCACCGGACGUCAAACCGUCUUUGCUAGGGUCGGAAGGUAAUCCGUUGAGUGGUUUCGAUAUUCCUCCCUUCAGCGCCAACUGCAACGGUGCAGGAUUUGAGCAUAAAAAAUCCGAAGCAUCGCGCGAUAGCAUGAAUAGUUUUAAUGAGGACAAUCCCUCCCACGCCCGACUUCUAGAAGACUAUUUGAGAGAGCAUUGGAAAGUGUCGGAUAUCAAGGAUGUUUUGCAUCAACUGAUGAUCGAUCUUCAACGAGAACCGGAAUACAGUCGAAUGAUCUUCAACAGCCUCCUUUCACGCGUGGGCCGUACAAAAGCAGUCAUUGAGGAAAUCUCAACUUACCUAGGUGACCCUUUUUUAAAUACUCAAGGAGCGAUGAACCACCUCACUGCGGCGGAAUAUCUAGCUCGCAAAAGGACAUCUUUGGCAACACGUCAAGCGCUCCUUGGCGCAAUCAAUCGAGCUCUUGAACUAGGGCUAAUUAUGAACGAUGAAAUACGCCUUAUUGUUCAGACCUUGCCAAAAAUGAAGAUCGCGGGCCAAUCUUUUACGGAACGAGAUCCUGAGGGGCUAGUAAAGUGCUACCGGGAGAUGUGGAGUGCAAUUGGACGCUGCAACGUCUUUUCACAUAAGGACCUGGAUAUGGAUCUGGCUGAUGCGUGGCUUCGUGAGCUGGCAGCCACAGGGUCCCAUAUGGAGGGUUUGCUCCUGGCACGCGAUAUCAUUGUCGCUACUCAUUCUCGGGGCUCAGAUGCAAGCGUAUGGGCUUCGUCACUAAUAACUCAAUGGGUUAAGCUCUCAAUGGACUUGAACCCGAAAGUCGACGCAGGAUACGUCCACGAGCUCCUGAGUUGCUUUAAUUCGGACAUUGCAUCGAGAUGUAUAAUUCGUGUAGCUGAAUCUUUGGUCCUCUCUCCGACUGUUACUGAACGAGAGAAAUUACGGAGAAAAUUAUUCCUGGAAUAUUGGCGUAAUUGCCUGGCGCAACUUCCAGUUAUUCCCUCUAUUCUCCGGUCCCGGGUUUGGUUUGAUGUAUGGGAGGCGCAUUUUUCAGAGCCCAGUGAUGGUUCGGGUUCGAUUGUAGCAGAACUAUCUGUGGUUGAUCGAGUUCUAGUUCGCAUUUGGAUCUUAAGAACAUUCAGCACGAUCACGCGCACACGUCGAGACCAAACAUGGGAACCGGGAGAGGUCUAUUAUCUAACCUUCAACCUCUUUAAUGUCUACCGCUCCAUCACCCAGCUCCAUGACCAUGGCGACUUCAUGUCUAGCCUCGUAAAGGGGAUCCAUGAUCUUGACCUACCAUCUAACGGGGUAUUAACGGGGGCUGUCAACUUGCUAAUGAACCUGUGUGUGAGCGAGUCUGCCCAGGAAUCGUUAUGGCAGCUCGAAUCUCGCAAUAUCUCGCUAACAGCAAUGUUCGAAAAUAUCCACACUUUCAAUGCCACGAAGCGCUUCAUGUACAGAUCUUACGAGAAAAUGAUUCGCAAGAUUGACCUUACAAGUCCCUCUUUUGCCACUCACUGCCUUCGUAUCGCGGAGACUGGUGACUCUGAAUCAAUCUGGACCAUUAUCAGGGUCCUUCGCUCUCAUUCUCCCCUGAAGGUUGCUCUUUCCAGGUCUUGGAAUCCUAUCCCUCAUCCUUCCGAGAUGGUCCUUGUACGCUACCACCCUCUCCCCAGAACAUCAGAAUGUCCGGACCCGCAUGCCGCACUCGAAUUCAUCAAUUUUCUCGCCAUCGCCUUCUCAUGCGCUAAGAGAGUUAGUCCUGCUCGCGCAUUUGAUCUUGUGCAUUGGCUCUUUGGCUACCUGAUGCAACAUAACGCUCCUAUUAAGCCUGCUUUUGUGCGAGCCUUAUACCAUGCUGGUGUUACCAGAUACCAGAGGACUGGCCAGCGUGUUACGCCUUCAAGAUACAACUACAUCCUCCGUCUCGUGAAAGAGCAUGAAACUCCAGAAGUGGUUGAAUCGUUAUUGAAUCCGUACCGCGCGAAGUUCCAAAGAAAGUCUGAUGAUGAUAAUGAUGAUGACUGAUCGGCGGGAGAUAAGCAUUGAAGGGGAAGCGUUUUAACAGGUUAUCCUUUGAACUGUUGUUCUCUGUUGUAUAUACCCACUUUUUUUCGUUUGCACUGGGCUCGUUGGCCCAUUGCCAUGCGGUUGUGCAUUGUGCUAGAGUUAUGGGGGUUUGCAUAGCUUAUGGACUGAUUUCAAGGGUUCAAAGCAUGUCUCGCUAGAUACU